AAAAAAUGUAGAAGACUUCACUGGACCUAGAGAAAGAAGUGAUUUGGGAUUCAUUACAUUUGAUAUAAGUGUGGAUCUAGAGAAUAUAUUUGAUUGGAAUGUUAAGCAGUUGUUUCUUUAUUUAUCAGCAGAAUAUUCAACAAAAAAUAAUGCCCUGAACCAAGUUGUCCUUUGGGACAAGAUUGUUCUGAGAGGUGAUAAUCCGAGGCUGCUGUUGAAAGACAUGAAAACAAAAUACUUCUUCUUUGAUGAUGGAAAUGGUCUCAAGGGAAACAGGAAUGUCACUUUGACUCUAUCUUGGAACGUUGUACCAAAUGCUGGAAUUCUACCUCUCGUGACAGGAUCUGGACAUGUAUCUGUCCCAUUUCCAGAUACAUAUGAAAUAACAAAGAGCUAUUAAAUUAUUCUGAACUUGAAACAGCAUAUUUUUAUACUUAAUGAAUUAUAUAUCAUUUGUCUCUAUCUUCCCUUGCUUCUUUUUCUUUCUUUUUUUGGGGGGCAGUGUUGUUACUUUUUUUGGUGUAAGAAUGUCAGAGACACAUUUGAAGGAAAGGGUUAAACAGUUUUACAGACAGCAGUGACAGAGUCACCAGAGCUGAGUAUUAUAAAAAUAAGACAAAUACAUAAAAGGGAUUUGUAAAAAAGAGUAUGGAUUUCAAGUAUUCACUGUAUUUCCAUUUUCUUUAUGGAAGAUAAAAUGAGCAUGAGGGUUAUUAAAAACUUUCAGGUGCCUGUAGAGUCAUAAGAACUCUGAAUUUUAUGAUUUGUAUUCAUGAAAGCUCAUGUUGGGUGUGACUUAGAUACAGACAUUCUUUUGUAUCUUUUAGAGUAUGAUAGCUUACAGGAAAAAUUAGUACAGUUAUUCCUUAUAAGUCUGGUUUACAAAACGCCAAAAGAGAUAGAAUUUUAUUUCAUUUGUCUUAAGAAUACCCACAAAGUUUGUUUUUCUUAAAUGACUAGCAGCUUUCUGUGCUUAAAGAAUGAAUACCUCUUUAUAUGCUGUAAGUCGUUCACACUCAUGUUAAAAUCUCAAGUCAAACAAAUGUGUGUCUUUCAAUGCUUUUACUAAAAAACUUUCUUUGUAUAUCUUUGUAUAACUUUAGCAUUGCCAUUGAACAUUGAAAGUGUUUGCAUGGUUUACCGUCUGAUUUGAGCUUGUGCUUGUAAGCAUGCCAAGUGCCACUAAGUGGCAAUCAUUUACAGCUCCCUCUAGGUCCGCAUUUUAAUAAUUUUUGAGGUAGUAAUAAUUGUAUUGUGGUUUUCCAUUUACAAAGCUCUCUCAUGUAUUUUGGGUUAUGUUGUGCUCAGUAAUUAGUGAGGUAAAUAGUGCCAAUGUGAGCUCAUUGCUGAUAAAAAAAUCUAAAACCCAGUUUAUUGAAUUGCUCCAAAGUAAGUAACUAAGAAGGAAUGCAGUUAAAAUUUGAAUGAAAAGCUUCUAAUUGUCUAAGCUUAUUCUUUACCUUUUACCUCAGUUUAUUGAUUAAUUACAGUUUCCUUACAAUUUUCAUAAUGUUUUCUUGUUCCCUGGACACCUGUCACUUCUCGAAGUGAUUUCUUACCUAUACAGAAGUGACUAAUUUUAAAGCCACCACCAGCUCAGUUAGCAGUAGCAUCUCAUUUACUUCAUAUAUUAGUUUUACUUACAUUAAAGUAUAAAGAAAAUUUAAAUGUAUGUAAAAGUAAUAUGAGGUUAACACGUAAUAUUUGAUUGGCUAUGUGAUAUUUCUUACAACUUUUUUCUUUAGUGGGCAAAUAAGCACCUCAAAGAUUGCAACUGUGGGUACCCUUAAAAGGAAGACCAAACACUGUAGUUACACUGUCAGCAGCAAUGAAAAGGGCUAAAAUUUUAUAAAAAGUUCAAAUUGACUAGUAUUUGUUUUAUUUACCUCAUAUGAAAUACAUCAUUAUUUAGUUACGUUCAUUUAAGAACUGUUGUAUGUAGUUGUAUGAUUCAUGUAAAAAUGUGCAUAUGAAUUUCUCAAACUGGCAAAAAAGUCAGAGGUAUAGCAUUAGGAAUAAUAGACUGAGUUUGGCUGCCCAGCUUUUUGAUUAAACUUUAUGAUCUUUGUUUCUCUAUCUGUAAGAUGACAGAAUUAGACAGGUUAACUUAAGUGGUGAUCCUUUUAAACCACACAAUUUUGUAAGAUUUAUCGGUUCAGCAAAGAGAUUGAACAAAAAAGCACCUUAGUGAUAUAAAGAUAGGAGUAUGAUUGAAGGACUAAUGCACAAUUCAUACUGACCUGACUUUAUUUGUUACAUUUUACUUCAUUUACUUUGUUACAUUUAACUUCAUUUACUUUGUACAAACACUGGAUAUGUAAACUUAAAAUCUAUAGGUGUCAUAGCUUACAAAAAUGGGGUAUGUUCUCAUUAAGAAAUUUAUGAUAAGCCAGCAGUUUUAAUCAGACCUGAGUUCCAGUUUAACAGUUCAUUAUGGUAAGUGGAUCUGUUAGUCUAGAGAUUAAUGUUGAUAUUUAAAUUGUAGUUUGUUUAUUUGGCAAGACCAUAUUUUUAGAGUUGGGUGAGAAAGAGAAGUAGGAAGGGCCAGUUAGCACAGUGUGGAUAAAAGUUUUCAUUUUUACUUAAGGGAAACUGCUCAGGAUAAGUGCUUCGUCAUAAGAAUAAGGAACCUGUGUCUCAGGAAAUCAUUUUUGGUGUGUGUAGCUUUAUUAGUCUACCAUAAUGCUACAUUUUGAAAAAUUGACCAUAUUCUUAGUUGUAAAGAAGUCUCACUAAAUCUCUACAAAGAUACAAGGCUUCAGACUAAUCACACACUCAACAUGACCAGAAAUGUCUGAGCCCAGAGAUGAUUCUGAAAAGAGAAUAAUUGCAAGACACUUAGUAAAUACAGUUAGAAAUGAGUUCAUUUUAAUGCAUAGUGCCAACAUAUCCUUUUCUGUAGCAGUUUAACCUAGGCAAGAGCUAAAUCAGCAUCCUUUAUUCCUGUAAUUGAUUAUAUUUUAGUUUCUGCUGAAAGGAAAACAAAAAGCUUCAGAAAUUCCCAAGGGUAAAAUAGAAAAACAGAUACUUUGAUUUUUCUGAAUGAGUUUGCUUUGGUAGGUUUCGACAGCCAGUUAACCUUAGAAAUGGGCUAUAAGAAUCUAAAGCUUUGAAUUUUGGAGCUAUAGGUUAAUGGAGGACUUUUAAAAAAUACUUCAAUCAACAGGUACUACCCUUAGGGAAGGGGGAACCAUAAACUGUGGACUUUGGUUGCAGCCACACACUUACCCUUUUCAGAAACUUUCCUUUCUCUUAACAGAGGGCUUCUGUACAUUACAUGAGACUGCCAGAAGUUUAGAGACCACUUUCAAAAAGUUAUGUGUUUUUGAUGUAAUUUGAUAAGUUGUUUACUUCAAAAGUACAGAUUCACGAGAAACAUUCAUGAGAAUAUUGACUAUAAGGAUUUUCUUAGUUGCAAUAUUCAGCAUUUUUCUAAUGAAAAUGAAUUUUGUUUACAAGUAAAAGGCUUUCAAAUUUAAGAUUUUUAUGUGAACUGCUGAUCAAAAAGUAAAAGGAAGAAACCAAGUCUAGUUAGGUGUGCAAGCCUACAAUCUCAGCAUUGGCGAGGCUGAGUCAGGAGGAUCACUUAAAUAUGAGGCUAGCCUGAGUGACACAGUGAACUCAAUGCCAACCUGAGCUACAAAGUGAGACCUUCCCCCCCGCAAAAAAAAAAAAAAAAAAAAA